GGAACCUUUUCCAGGUCGAUAAUAAACAGCUUGAGCCUCGGGAAGCAUUCUGGCAGACAUACGCACCAGCUGCAGCAGUUUUCUUCGGCAAAAACGCCCAAACAACAAGCCCCCCCGGAUCCUGGUGUCGCGGUUUACGGAAGUGUUUAGCAGCUGUCGGUGAUUGGUGUGAAAAACCAGCUGCAAGUUGCAACCUGUUCUUGGCGCGUGCUGUUAUCACGGGACUUUAAUCGUAUCCAUGAAAAUCAGUGCGCCGGACAGCACUAUCUAUCGCAUGCAUAGCGCAACGGCCAGAUCGAUACUAUCAGACGCAUCCCGCUGCAAGGCAAACAUAACAGCUGGUUACGCUAGUGUGGUGUCUGCUGUGGAUCGAUAAAACGAGUGCUCCCAGGUCUUCGCGACGUCCGCAUCCAUCUGUUGAUGGUUCCAUGGCAGUAUAUUCCAGUAGGUUCUUGCCCACAGUUUUGUAAUGCUCCUGGCGUCGUCAACCAUCGCGUGCCUUUGGUGUUGCUGAUUACUGAGAAGAUCCCCCGGACCCCCGAAGAGCUUCAUCAUAAACCGCCGACGGGCAUCGUGGUAGCGAAAAUAUUGCUUCAAAGAAAAAUCUGCUCCGAUAUCACCUGCCAUCAGCGUUUGUGGUAAAUUGAGUCGCGUGAAGCGUGAAGACGCCCCAAGCAUUAGUGCGUUGCCACGGGCAGCAGCCAAACAAGCAGCGCGACACCUCCUCGGGGUUACGAGAUUACAAAAGUGGCAAGCUCCCUAUAGCAACGCAUAAUAUCUCCACAGCAACCGCCCAACCAACGACGAAACUAAGGCAACUAAAGGGUGCUGGGAGUUGGGCACCACGCACAACAAACAACAGCAACAGUAGCAGGCCCCGCCGCCAGCAGCACGUAGUUCAUCUCGAAGCGAGAAUAGUCUUGUUCCGAGAACGGUUCCUUGCAGAGUUCACCUCACGCUGUUCGUGUAUCAACAACCCGAAAAAAACAUCUAUUUUCUAUCCCAACAUGGCAUCCGGAUCCGUAUCGGUUUCCACUGGAACAAAGUCCUCCAGCAAAACUGGAGUAACGGCCGGCACAGGAGGGGGCCCCGUUACGGGCGCUGGUGCCGGUGGACGUAAAAAGUCCGGGCCCAAGUUCGAGCUGUCCGACGAACAGCGGCAGGACAUCAAGGAGGCGUUCGAUCUGUUCGAUUCCGAGGGCACGGGCAUGAUCGAUACGAAGGAGCUGAAGGUGGCCAUCCGGGCACUCGGGUUCGAGCCGAAAAAGGAGGAAAUCAAAAAGAUGAUUGCCGAAAUCGAUAAGGAUGGUUCGGGCAAGAUCUCGUUCGACGACUUUCUGCAGCUGAUGACGGUCAAGAUGGCGGAGAAGGAUUCGAAGGAGGAAAUACUGAAGGCGUUCCGGUUGUUCGACGACGAUGAGACGGGCACGAUUUCCUUCAAGAACCUGAAGCGAGUGGCAAAGGAGCUGGGCGAAAAUCUGACCGAUGAGGAACUGCAGGAGAUGAUCGAUGAAGCCGAUCGAGAUGGUGAUGGGGAGGUAAACCAGGAGGAGUUCCUACGUAUUAUGAAGAAAACUAGCCUAUACUAAGCAGCAGCCAUUAGAGUGACAGGGUAGGUGGUGGAGAAGAUAUCCAUUUUGCCAGGGGGGAGUUUUCCUUUAAGGAUGGAACAACGUUAAUUGCAUUUAAUGUAUCAGCAUUGAAACAGGAAAGAAUUGAGUGUGCAGUGCAUAGAAGAUAAGGAUGAUACUAAUAGAGACAGGCGAAUGAUCGAAUUUGGUUUUAAGUUUAACUCUUGUGAGAUUUGUGCAGCUGCUGUAGAUGGUGCGAGACGGGACAAAUGAAUUCCACCUAAUAAUAACCAAAAACCAUUCCUUCUGGAUGCAUUUAAAGCCGAACCAAAACAGAAUAUCAAUAGAUUAGUAUAUAAGUUCGCUCUCUAUACCAACAAUCCCAGUCAGCUAGCGGGUAGUAGGGUGUCGUACUGAGCGUUGAAAGGAUUUUUGAUAAGAAGCAGCACGACACGACACAUGCAUUUGAUAGCAAACUACUCAGUUUUCGUUUUUGUAACGAUUAUCGCAACCAAGAGAGCAGGCAGAACCGUUUACUCUUGUUCCUAGCUAACACACAUCCUCUUAAGAUGCUCUCUUUAAUAAGAGACUCUACAAGCCAAAAGACAUUGCACAAAUUGAACUCGAGUACCACACACGCCGCAACGCAUCACUCACUGCACCGCCAAACAAAAGCCUAAUGAGGCCGCCGGUGGUGCGUGCACCAACCGAAGGAAGCUAGCGUUCGUAAGAUAGAUACUAUUUACAAAUGCCAUUUUGCCAGAUCAUUAGGAAAGCGAAAGAUCAGCAUUUUUAGGGCUAAACAAACAGAGAGGGUUACGCUCGGUUACGACGGCACUAAAGGAUUUGUUGGAACCGGUUCCAUGGUUUCUGGCUUUUCGCUGACAGCCAUGAACAUCUCAUGCUCUCGCCACCUAGUGCGCGAGUUGCUUGCUUUGCGUGUACCGUGGGGUUUCCGGUCCUGCACACAAUUGCUCUGCUCCGAUCGCUUACGAGGCAGCAUCUCGCCAACCGCGCCGAUUCGAUGAAGAUCACGUAGAUAAGCCAGCUAAGCUAAGCCAAAGCGUCGCGUACCAGUUGUGUUGGCAGGGGUAGCAUUACUAAUGCCCACGGAACAACAACAUGGUGAUGAUGCUAUUUAAGCCAGAGAACGCGACUAGUUGUCUGUUGGCUAUUUUGCUGUAGUGUGCGUUUAAUUAAUAAUAAACAAACAAAAGUAUCAGGAAAAGGGAAAUGGAUCAGGAAAUGUAUCAGGAGAAUGAAACGAUGAAUGAAACACGUUUGUGACAAAUGGGAACGAUUGGUGUACAUCACAUGGAGAUUUUGAUCCCGAGGGUCCUUUAAGAAGUACGGUUACACAACACAAACGAGUGUUUAAACAAGAAACGAAUCUUUAUCAAUGAUCACAAAUACAUA